AUGGCUGCCACAGUGCUGGGAAAGCGUUCUCGCCGGGUUCUGGACGAACAAGAUGGCUCGAAUACACUUCACACCCCAAAGAGACGGACGCGACGCUCUACACCCGAGAUAUAUCAAGAUGCAGCUGAGAAGGAUGUAUUGGAGAAGCCGAAUACCAGAUCUGUGAAAGCCCGUAACGGACGAACGAACGAUACUGUACAAGACAGUCCUGUAAAGAACCAAACGAGCACGACCACACCCAUUGGAGAUUCCAACCUUGCCGCAGACGAAAAUCUUCCACCCUCGAUUGUGUCGACUCCCGCCGCUGUCCGCUUUAAAGAUGUCCUCGCUUCAUCCGCUCCAAGUACACCAAGACACCGCGUACGACUUGCUGGCAGACUUCUCACUCCGCAAUCGUCCCGCUCAUCCACACCAUCAAGAUCACAAAAUGUAUACUCACGCGCUCGACAGCUGUUUACGCAAGCUGGCAAUGGAAGGAUUGUCGGACGCGAGGCUGAACGACAUCAAUUGACCAACUUCAUUUCCAAGGCCAUCAAAACUGGGAUUGGGGGCUGCACAUAUGUUAGUGGACCACCUGGCACCGGUAAGAGCGCCUUGGUCCAAGAGAUCAUGCAAGAAUUUCAAGGGGCGUCCAUCAAAGCCACCACGAUCAAUUGCGUGUCUUUGAAGUCUUCCGCCGAAGUCCUCGCCCGGCUCAGCGAAGCUUUUUGCCCUGGCAAGGGUAGCUCAAAGUCAUCAAAGGCCCCCCUGGCGAAGCUGUUCACGACGAAGAGAGUCGACUCCGAAAUGCGUCUCGUUUUGCUGGACGAGAUCGACACCCUCAUCGGGGGUGAUUGCGACGUGCUGUACAGCAUCUUUGAGUGGGCCAUGCAUCCCUCGUCCAGUCUCAUAUUGGUUGGAAUUGCCAAUGCUCUGGAUUUGACUGAUCGUUUCUUACCCCGUCUCAAGUCAAGGGGCGUCAAGCCCCAGCUGCUACCUUUUCUUCCAUAUUCGGCUCAACAGAUCUCGACCAUUAUAUCGGACAAGCUACGGUCUCUCGUGUCUGACGGAACCACGACCGCCGCCGAGUUCAUCCCUUUGGUGCAUCCUGCGGCUAUUCAAUUGGCGGGCAAAAAGAUAGCAUCUCAGACUGGGGAUCUACGAAAGGCCUUCAGCCUGGUUCGUCGUGCUCUUGACCAGGUUGAGCAAGAGACGCUUUUGAAGACGAGCCAAGAACAGAGCACGACUCCAACGAAGCAACCACUCCAAGAAAUUUCGAACCUGUCCUCCAGUUUGGCUCUUCCAUCGCCUGCCAAGGUUGACCAUCGAUCUGUCCUCAAUCAUCUUACAUGGGAGACAGCGCCUCGAGUGUCGAUUGCACACGUCGCGAAGAUCGCGGCCACCAUUUUCAACAACGGUACACUUUCUCGCUUGGGCGGGUUGAAUCUCCAGCAGAAAGCUGUGCUGUGUUCAUUGGUAGCGUCCGAAACCCGCCAACACCGCCGCGAUCCUUAUACAACACCGUCCAAGUCGGGAACAAGGAUACCUACCAUAAAGGGGCUGUUUGAGAAAUAUGCCCAGCUGUGUAAGCGCGAUGAAGGAUUGUUGCAGCCGCUGAAGAACACCGAGUUUCGAGACGUAGUUGCAAGCCUCGAAACCCUAGGGUUAGUGCAAGAGACGUGUGGGCGAACGUCGGGCUUGCUGACACCCACAAAUACGCCGUCUCGAAGCGGAAGGGGGGCGGACGACAAGCAGGUGGUGAGCUUAGUGUCUGAGAAGGAGAUGAGGGACAGCCUGACGGGUCCAGGGUCUGAUUUGUUGGUGCGGUUACUCGAAGAAUACUGA